UCAGCAACAUAUUAACGCUUCUUGCGAAGGACAACUAUUUCAUAGUGCGUUUUUGGUUAAUCGUGAUUCGUCUAAUUUGCUUGUGUUUGACUGUGAAUGGAUAGGAAUCAAAUUGCUUAUCAAUGAUGUCUCUAGUGGACACACUGAAGGAGUUGUACAAGUUCAGUGUGAUAGACUAUGGCGUGUUUGCGUCAAUGCUGAUCCUGUCGGCAGCCUGUGGAAUUUACUUCGGAUUUUUCAAGCGAACGGUCAAUCAAACACCGGACAGCAGCGAUGACGAAUGUGGCCCCAGAAGAAGCAGCAGCAGUAGCAAUGCCAAACGAAUGGCAGGCUUCGGAUCGUCGUCGAUGGAGGAGUACCUGCUGGGAUCUCGGAAGUUGAAGACAUUUCCCGUGGCGAUGAGCCUGGUGGCGGGUUACAUAUCCGGGGUUACGAUCCUGGGUACACCGGCGGAGAUCUACAACUUUGGAACGCAGUACUGGUUGAUUAUUGUGCCGAUUUUGCUAAUGGGGGUAGCCGUUAGUUUCAUCUAUCUUCCGGUAUUUUGCUCUCUGAAGCUGAAUUCUUCAUAUGAGUACCUUGAACUACGAUUCAAUUCCUCGGUUCGGUCGAUAGCUUCUGUGAUGUUUGUGCUAGACGAGCUGUUUUUCCUGCCAAUGAUAAUUUACGUUCCUGCGUUGGCGUUCAAUCAAGUAACUGGAUUCAAUCUCUAUAUCAUCGGAGCUAUAGUGUGUAUUGUAUGCAUAUUCUACACAUUACUGGGUGGUAUCAAAGCCGUCGUCUUCACCGAUGCUUGGCAAGUUGUGGUGAUGUUCAUCUCCGUCGUUAUUGUGGUCAUCCUGGGGACAAUCAGCAUCGGCGAUCCGGAAAUCAUCUGGAAGCGAGCGGAGCUGGGAGGCAGAAUCGAUUUCUUCAACACAAACCCAUCAAUGUACGAGCGGCAAACCCUCUGGGGUGUCCUAAUUGGAGGAUUUUUCUAUUGGACCUCGUUCAACUCGGUUAACCAAACCAUGGUUCAACGGUACAUGUCACUGCCGAACUUAAAGAAAGCAAAGAUGUCAGGAAUGGGUAUCUUCGUAUCCGUUUGCUGCUAUGCUGGGUUACUGAUCUAUGCUUAUUAUUAUCAGUGCGAUCCAGCAUCACUGGGUCUUGUCACUACCGACGAUCAACUCUUUCCGCAUUAUGUCAUGGAAACCGUUGGUCAUCUUCAAGGGAUUCCCGGUUUGUUUAUUGCUGGUGUUUUCGGCGCCGCACUUAGUUCCUUAUCCGUGGUACUUAACUCUACGUCCGCAGUGCUGUUGGAAGACAUCCUGAAAGGAAUGUUCCGUGCUAAACCUAGUCCUAGAGUAGCUAAUAUUUUCGUAAGAUGUAGCGUAGUGGUGCUGGGGGUUGCAGCGAUGGGCUGCCUAUUUAUUAUAGAAAAAUUGGGUGGAAUUUUGAGUGUUGCUACGUCACUAUCAGCUAUCGCCGCGGGAACGACCUGCGGAAUAUUCACACUCGGAAUGCUGGUACCCUGGAGCAAUUCCAAGGGUGCGCUAUCUGGUGGCAUUGCUGGAGCUCUUUUAUCUGGUUGGGUAUCUCUAGGAGCUCAGUUUGCGAGUGCUAACGGCGACAUCGUUCCGCAUAAACUACCUGUGUCAGUGGAUGGCUGUCCAGUUGACAUGCUCUCCAAUAUUACCCUCACCAAUACUGAGUAUCCGGAUGAAUCGAAUGUUUUCUUUCUGCAUCGAUUAUCGUACCACUGGAUUACGCCGAUCGGUUUGCUGACGGUUAUACUCAUUGGAACUAUCGUAUCUUUCUUGACUGAACCGAGAAAUCUGAAGGAUAUUGACCCAGAAUUGAUUUCACCAGUAAUUCAUCGGUUCUUACCACAUGAAUCAUUUGGAAACUUCGGAUCUGCUAGCAAGGAAGUGCCAGUGAUCAAUAAUGAGGAGAAGCUUUCCACUUACGGUGUGGAACGUUUGAGUACUAAAAGGAAGCGCGCUCCCUGAGAUAAAAGAGCAUAUGGUUCAAAAUGGAUUCCAGCUACUUAAUGGAUUCGUCGUAUGCCGCUUACAAACUUAAAAGGAUGAGAAGGAUUUUGUUACCCGAUGGAUGUUAUAUCCAACUGUGUAAUCUCCUGAACAGUGUGUACUUGCAAUUGGAAAUUUAGAAUAUUGUUAUUAUACUCAGUUUGCAGGGAGCUGGUUGAUUUCUCAGUUUUAUUAUAUUGAUAGAGUGGCAUGUUUCAUUCAAAAUGAUGCGUAAAUCGCCAUGUUGCAAUCGUAGGUACAAAUGUGCUAACAUUUCUGUAACUGCCUGUGAUACAAUCAAAACAAUUGUUUAGUGGUAGGUAGCGUGUAGUAUUAUAACUGAUAUUUGUAAUAACUUUUAGUGAGCAACCAACUAUAAGCGUGAAUAAAUCUUUUCUUAAAAAAUACAGCUAUCUAGCUAUGGAAAUUA